CCCGGGUUCUUGGAGCUCCAAAAAUGCGAUCAAGCAGUUAUCAGCGGUGAUUACAGCGAUCUGUUUCAAGUUUUUCUAUUGUAUUUUGUUUUCUUAUGCUACAUAUCUUAUUUUCUGUCUGUUAAGUCAAAGGACCGAAAUGUCCACGGGAUUCUAAAAGAGCGGAAACAUGUGAUUUCCCCCUUUGUUCAGAGUCCUCAAGGCAGUCAAAGGUAAGACUUCAUUCAUUCCUUUCGCUAUAAAGUUUAAACUCAAGGGUAUUAUUUAAGCUUAUUACUUGAAAGUCCAUUAAUUUUUUAUUGAAGAGAACAAAAUCUAGGUGGGAUCAAUUAUGUUCAAGUCCAAAGGUCAUCAGUUUUUUUGCAUGAUCUUUUAUGCAUAUUAGUUUGCGUGCGCGUGGCAGGCCAGCGAUGAAACAUAAUCAGUCUCCAAUUUCAAAAUAAAGUAAACUAAAAUGUGAAAAUACUUCCCUAACUAACAGGGCAAACUGUUUUUGACAAGUUUGCGUCUCGUGAUAAACUCGUGAAAAUUCAUCAACACAAUCUAGUAUUCGUUUCAUAAGAGCAAACUUUUAAUAAUCUUUGCUAAUGACAACCUUAGGCCUUUGAGGCACUUUUUAUAUGAGGUUUGGGACUGAAUUCGUCUGGAGAUUGGAGGCUAAUUGCCAAAUAUUUUAAUUGGCGGUGAGUAGUCUGUAGAGAGUAAGUUAGUUUAAUAUCAUAAUCUUGUAUGGAUUUGUCUUGAAAGCAUAGUAAAAUCAACAGCAAAAAGAAUUGGACAGUGAUUAUUGAAUUGCAAAAAUUUAGGUUUAGACCCCUUUGAUUUGUUUUGAAAACAUAGUAAAAAUCAGCGAGUAUCUUGUUUUUAUUGUCCAGGCGGUUCUGGAUUCACAGCGUAUUCAAAAGUUUCCACUCUGGAGAGUAGAUUUAAAAAGUUGCAAAUUUGUCUGCCAGAUUCAUCAGAUAUAUGUGGUUGGAAGCCAAAUCUGCAGAGAAAAAGUUGAGGAUUAAAAAACAUCUGGAAACGUGUGGACUGGGCCUAAGAUUUUUACUUUCAAGUGGAAUCUUUACAGACACCCCUUUUGCUUUCAACUGUCAGUUGAAAGCUAAAGGCUGUUCAAGCUCUAGUUCUUUUCAAAUAAUUCCUUAGUAGAAAGUCCAUCUGGUUCUUUUUAAAAAAUUAGUUACUUUAAAUGACCUUAUACAGGGGCACCCAACGAGAAUAUAGUUCAAAACCACUUAAACAUAGAAUUGUUAAACGUAUUUUAGUAUUUAAACGGUAGAUAUAGGCAUAUUUUAAUCCCCUCUGUUCGGAUUUCAAAUAAACGUGAUCCUUAUAGGGAUCAAAACUUAUUUUGAAAAUUUCAGCCAAAAAAGGCCCCUCUUCUAUGACCUUUUAGGGUAAAAAUCCGUUAAAAAUAGGCAAUUAUACUAUUUUUCAGAUGUUCGAAAGUCCUAGGAGAGGCAGGCAAGCAAGAAAUUUUCUGUUCAAAAUUCUAGAUCUCAAAUCGCAGAUAUUUUUCCCUGCUUAUAGACACCCACUCCCAAAUAAACGCCUCGUAUCUGGUAAAUGCCCCCUCUAUGCUGUUAAAAUAAUAUUAGACACGUCUCUCAAAUUAACACCCUCUGUGUAAUAGCUGCCCCCAAUGAGAAUUUAAAUGCGAAUCAUUCAAUUAUGGUAUGUUAAACUAUUUAUGCUGUUUUUAAUUUGCUUGCCUCAAAAUUUGAAACCACAGAACUUCAUGGAUGCCACAAUUCUUUUGUUUCUAUUAUUUUUUGACAGUUUUAGUUGGAAAGGAUCAAUGCUUGCACACAGAUAG